CCUCCGCUUCCUCAUCCUCCCAGGAAGCCACCCCACCUUGUGGACGCCGCUAGCAGCAUCCCGUGUUGUUAUCAACCAUUGUUUUUUGUCUGGACCUGAUUUUAAAUAUAUUCAGUUAAAGGUGUUGUGAGACUAAUUUAGAUAAAAUAUCAAUACUAGCCAUGGGGAACCGAGACGAUGAAUAUGAUUUCUUGUUCAAAGUUGUACUAAUCGGUGACUCAGGAGUAGGGAAGAGCAACCUGCUUUCCCGCUUCACGAGGAAUGAGUUCAACCUGGAGAGUAAGAGCACCAUCGGGGUGGAGUUCGCCACCCGCAGCCUCCAGGUGGACGGCAAGAUGAUCAAGGCUCAGAUCUGGGACACAGCUGGCCAGGAGCGCUACAGAGCAAUCACAUCAGCGUACUACCGGGGUGCGGUGGGGGCUCUCCUGGUGUACGACAUCGCCAAGCACCUGACCUACGAGAACGUGGAGCGCUGGCUGAAGGAGCUGAGGGACCACGCCGACAACAACAUCGUCAUCAUGCUGGUGGGCAACAAGAGCGACCUGCGCCACCUGCGGGCCGUGCCCACGGACGAGGCCCAUGCCUUCUCAGAAAAGAACACCAUCUCCUUUAUUGAGACAUCAGCACUGGACUCUACAAAUGUAGAAGAAGCAUUCAAAAACAUUUUGGCAGAGAUCUACCGCAUCGUGUCACAGAAGCAGAUGGCAGACAGGUUUGCACACGACGAGUCUCCAGGCAACAACGUGGUAGACAUCAGUGUCCCUCCCACCACCGACAGCCAGAAGGGCAAUAAACUCCCGUGCUGUCAAGGCCCGUGAACUCCAAACACACCUGUGUCUUUGUCCCACUUGAUCUUCUCUUACACGGCAAAACACUCUCUUCAUAUCAAAUCCCCCCCCCACCCAUUCACUUCUCCCCCAUACCACAGCUCACGGCCAAUGCCCCUGUUUCUGUUCAGUUUUACUUGGUUGUACAGUCCGUUUCUGUUAUAUGUAAAUUCACCUGUGCUCUUCUCUUUUGUUGUUGAAGAAAGAAACUGAGAAAAAGCCUUUAUUUCACUUUGUACGGCAAGUUUUUGUUUAAUUGAGACGAUGUGAAAGUUCCUGCAAUGUAGGAAAGGGGCAAUUGUGCAUGUUUUGAAUGAAGCUUAAUGAAAGUCAUGGAACCUUUUAAAGGUUGAUUUGUACUUCUGCGUUGAAUAGCCACCGGAGGUUUGUGGUAGGUCUAUUUGUCACGUGUGUAGCCAACAGGGGUCCGCUUCCUCUUUCCCCCUCCAUUUUGUAGCUGAGUGGAAAACAACAUGGAAAGGAUAAGUUAAUGUUACUUUGUUGUUGACACAACUACACAUUAUGAAGAUCAACACACUUAAAUAAACGCUACCAGUACCAGCAUAGACAGCCACCACUAAACCGUGCAGCUAUUCAAUGCAGUUUAAUAUAAUUCAGCCUUUACUGGCCCAUGCACUUUACUGUAUGCGUUGGUGCAUUUCAACAGUGACCUCUAGAUGGUGCUGCUGUGUAAAUAAAACACUGGCAAAUGAACGCCACCUGAUGUGGCAGUAUUGAAAGUAUGAUUUCUCACUGUAUUUAUUAAACUGUGUCUGGCUAAAGUUUUACUUUACGUAAAAAUGCAUACAAAUUUGCAAUAAAAUCCUUUA